AUGUCUCUACAAGCAGUAGCAGGCUAUCGGCCAUGCCACCAAGCUACCGCAGUCCGACUGCUAGCGGACUCCCUGUAUGAGUCGACGCGCGGGUCAACGGCCCUAACAAACCAGGCCCAAAACGAGCUUGGGCUGCUCCUGGGUAUGCUCAGCGCGACCGAGGUGUAUGCCUCCUCUCUGGGCGCAGGAUGCGUCCAUUUCACAGUCCUGAAAAAGAGAUUGGAGACAUGCGAUGUCAUUCUGCGGGAAUUGCAGAAGCUGGUGCUACAUCCAGAUACGUUCGGGGCGCAGAGCCUCAUUUCCGAUAUUCGCGCGCGCCUUUCGUCGGUCAUUUUUGGUAUUAGUGAGAUGAAUUUGAAUAUGAUGACGUCAUCACAGAAGAUUAUUGAGAGUGCAAUGAGAUGUUUUCUUGAUGACAUUCGUGCUGGCAAGAGGGACGCCUUGAUUGCCUCUGAUGUUUUGAAGGAUUCUUCAAAGCUUGAGAAAAAUGAAGCUUGGACUCGGCUGCAGGGAGAAUUGGUCGCUACUGGUAUUGCCCCGGACUUGGUGGCUCUGAAUCGUGACUUCGCUAUCUCGACCCUUCAAAAGAUAGUGGAGACAGAAAGUCCACUACCUUUUAAGGGGGACACGGCUCCAGUGGAGGAAGUCCAUGAAUAUACGGCACCAGCACCGAACCUGGAAUUAGAACGCCAGAGAAGCCUGGACGACAAUGACUAUUUAUCAGACGAACCGGGUGGUCUUCCCUUUCUUCCUCUCCCGCCAAAAGGCCUCUCAUUUUCAGAUAAGCACAGUUCAAACUCCAGCCAAGUGCAGCCCUAUCCACGAAAAGAGGCAAUACGGGAAGACUUCCCAAUACCAGUGAGGCUGGAUAUGCAAGAUUGCACAGAUACACAGAAACAAGUGCUACCAGCAAACAACUUCCCAAUACCAGCGAAGCUGGACAUGCAAGAUUGCACAGAUACACAGAAACAAGCACUACCCUCCAACGACUUUCCAAUACCCGUAAGGCUGGAUAUUCAUGACAGUACAGACACACAGAAAGAAGCACUACCAAUCGAGGACUUCCCCAUCCCAGCUUCCACAGAAUCUACUCUACCAUACAUCGACAUGGACCUCCCAGAGACGGUGAAAGCACCCAUCGAGCGCAGGCCAUCCGCACCCAUCCAGCGCAGGCCAUUCAAUCCCUCGUUAGACAUCUACCCCUUCAGGGUUACCAAAAACCUAGAAAGGCCCCAUCGAAUGAGCCGCAUGUUAUGGGAUAUGACCAAGUCCAAAAAAGGCUUUAUGUCAGCCAUAGCAUCCAACCAAUACGUUGUCGUACAAACCUUCCUCUCCAAAGGCGCAGACGUCAACGCCCAAACCCUCCAAGGCCUAACAGCCCUCAUGUACGCCGUCUCACUCAAUCACGAAGGCAUAGUCCGCCUCCUCAUCGAAUACGGCGCAGAGAUAAAUGAACGGACUCUUAAAGGCGAGAGCGCGCUCUCCAUCGCCGCAGGACGCGGCUACGACCGCCUCGUGCGGACCCUGAUCGCGUCAGGCGCAAACAUAAAUGCGGGUACAGGGAAUGGCAGGACGGCGCUCUCGCAGGCUGCCACGUACGGCCAGGACCGGAUUGUGGAGUUGUUGUUGGAAUGCGGGGCGAAUAUUAAUGCUGUUAAUAUUACGGGGGAGACAGCGUUGGCGAUGGCGGCGUUGAAUGGGAAUAUGAGGGUUGCGAAGUUAUUGCUUGGACGGGGUGCGGCUGUUGAUCAUAUGCGGUAUCCUUGGCACACGCCGUUGUAUAAGGCGGUUCAGUCGGACGAAGUGGAGAUGGCUAGGCUUUUAGUACAGUAUGGAGCAAAUCCGUUUGUUAAGGGGGGAACUGGUCGGAAGGAGAUGGUUUUUGAUAUUGCGAGGAAUAUGCAGAGGAGACAGAUUUUAGAGAUUUUUGAACAGCAUGGGUAUCGACUUGGGGGUCCUGUUCGGUAUCAGUAUUUUUGA